CCUCAGACUGUGCGGGACAGUGCCGGACCAUCGUAUUCCUCUUAUCCUGAGGAACCUCAGACUGUGCGGGACGGUGUCAUCCUUCCAACAGAUGAGAGGUUUCCCUGCACUGAGUGCGGGAAGUGUUUCCGUUUUAAAUUCCAUCUUAAUGUGCAUAAAAGAUCUCACACAGGUGGAAAGCUGUAUGCCUGUCCUGAGUGCGGGAAAUUGCAUGUAACGAAAUCUCAGCUUUCUGCACAUCAGAGAUAUCACACGAGGGAGAGGCCAUAUUCCUGUUCUGAGUGCGGGAAAUGUUUUGUAAAAAAAUCUGAACUUGUCAAACAUCAUAGGUCUCACACAGGCGAGAAACCUUAUCCCUGUUCUGAGUGCGGAAAAUGCUUUUUAGACAAUUACCGUCUUUACAGACAUCAGAAAAUGCAUGCAGGUGAGAAGCCGUAUUCCUGUUCGGAGUGUGGGAAAUGUUUUGUACAAAAAUCAGAUCUUGUCACACAUCAGAUGUCUCACACGGGGGAAAAGCCAUAUAAUUGUCCUGAGUGCGGGAAAUGUUUUGUACGCAAACAAAACCUUCUUAGACAUCAACGGGCUCACACAGGGGAAAAGCCACAUCUCUGUUCUGAGUGCGGGAAAAGCUUUUCAGAUAAGACACAUCUUUACAUUCAUCAGAGAUUGCACACGGGUGAGAGGCCGUUUUCCUGCUCUGAGUGCGGGAAAUGUUUUGUAGAAAAAUCACAGCUUGCCACACAUCAGAUAUCUCACACGGGGGAAAAGCCGUAUUCUUGUCCUGAGUGCGGGAAAUGUUUUUCAAGGAAGUCAUAUCUUUGCGCACAUCAGAGAUCUCACACGGGCGAGAAGCCGUUUCCCUGUCCUGAGUGCGAGAAAUGUUUCUCAAGGAAGGCACAUCUUUACAAACAUCAGAAAGUGCACGUGAGGGAGAAGCCACUUUCCGGUCCUGAGUGAGGAAAAUGUUCCUCACUGAAGUCCCGUCUUCCUGUACAUCAGGGGUCCCACACAACCCUCGAGGUGUAUUAGUGAGU